ACUACAUUUUUCGUUUGGCGCAAUGCUAUUUGUGUCAAAAUGCGUUCAACCCUUUUUAGGCCAGAAGUCUUGUUCUAUGGCCACGUUGAAGGAUAUUUCAGUAAGAUUAAAGUCUGUUAAAAACAUACAAAAAAUCACUGCGUCUAUGAAAAUGGUUUCUGCCGCGAAGUUUGCUAGAGCUGAACGUGACUUGAGACCUGCAAGACCGUACGGUCAGGGUGCAAGAGCCUUUUACACUACUGCAGAGUUGACGACAGAUAAAACUGUGCUUGGUGCAAAUGAUUUGAUAAUUGCUAUCACUUCUGACCGCGGUCUAUGCGGUGCAGCCAAUAGCAGCGUCGUGAAAGCAAUAAGAGCUCUCCUGCGUAGUAAUCCUGAAUUAGAAAAGUCUUGCAAAUUAGUCCUAAUAGGAGACAAGUCCCGUGCACUCAUGUUCCGUCAAUAUCGUGACAUGUUCUUGAUGACAGUCAACGAGGUUGGUAGAAAGGCACCAACUUUUGAGGACGCCUCGGCAAUAGCGCAAGCCAUACUGUCAACUGACUUCAAGUUUAGCAAGGCUGUUAUGUUUUACAACACAUUCAGGACAGUUGUUUCUUACACACCAACGCAGCAAACAAUGUUGAGUCUGGAGGGUUUAUCCUCAUCUCCGAAUAUUACUAUAUAUGAUUCGGUAGACACUGAAAUUUUGAAACACUAUAACGAGUUUCUUCUAACCUCUCUGAUAUUCUCCGCCCUAAAGGAAGCCACUGCUAGUGAACAGUCAGCUCGAAUGACUGCUAUGGAUUCUGCUACGAAAAAUGCGGGUGAAAUGAUCGAGAGACUGACACUUACAUACAACCGAACGCGUCAGGCAGCCAUCACACGUGAGCUUACGGAAAUUAUAUCUGGAGCUGCAGCUGUAUGAUCUCUCAGAACAUUGUUCUAUGCAUGAAUAGACUCAGAAGUAGUAACUACUCAAUAAAUAUUUUACAGUAUAUAUGUUUUUUAUGUAGUGGACCAAAUGUAAUUAUUAAGAAGCCUCAUCUUAUAAUGUGCUUAGAUUGUUCUCUAAAUAUUCUGUAUGUAUCAAGCUGUUUUAUGAUUAAUUUGAUCUCAUUAACCACCACCAUUACGUAUAUGUAUGCAUAUAUAUACCCUAAAGAUAAGUUGGUAGAAAAACUGGUAGUAAGGUAGAAAAAGGUG